UAUAAGACACCCUCCAAACUCACUUCUAUCUUCUACCGCUCUUAAACACCACUCCUACUCGUUCAAGUCUAAAACACUACUCCCUCAUUUUUGACAAUGGCUACCUCUACAAUGGCCCUCUCCUCCCCUUCAUUCGCUGGCAAGGCUGUGAAGCUCUCCCCUUCUGCCCCUGAGCUCAUGGGCAAUGGCCGUGUCUCAAUGAGGAAAACCGCCGCCAAGAAUGUUUCCUCCGGAAGCCCAUGGUACGGCCCAGACCGUGUUAAGUACUUGGGUCCAUUCUCCGGUGAGCCCCCAUCCUACUUGACUGGUGAAUUCCCCGGUGACUACGGAUGGGACACUGCUGGGCUCUCUGCUGACCCAGAGACCUUUGCCAAGAACCGUGAGCUCGAAGUCAUCCACUGCAGAUGGGCCAUGCUUGGAGCUCUUGGAUGCGUCUUCCCUGAGCUCUUGGCACGCAACGGUGUUAAAUUCGGUGAGGCUGUAUGGUUCAAGGCUGGAUCCCAGAUCUUCAGCGAGGGUGGUCUUGAUUACUUGGGCAACCCCAGCUUGAUCCACGCACAAAGCAUCUUGGCCAUCUGGGCUUCCCAGGUUGUGUUGAUGGGUGCCGUUGAGGGUUACAGAGUUGCCGGCGGGCCACUAGGAGAGGUGACCGACCCAAUCUACCCAGGUGGAAGCUUUGACCCAUUGGGUUUGGCUGAUGACCCAGAGGCAUUCGCUGAGUUGAAGGUGAAGGAGAUCAAGAACGGUAGAUUGGCUAUGUUCUCUAUGUUUGGAUUCUUUGUUCAGGCCAUUGUUACAGGAAAGGGACCAUUGGAGAACUUGGCUGACCACCUUGCUGAUCCCGUCAACAACAAUGCCUGGGCAUAUGCCACAAACUUUGUCCCCGGAAAGUGAGCUUAAAAAAGGAGAUUUUUUUUUCCUUUUUUUUCUGUAUCACUGUUGGGUUGUGAUAUAAAUUUGUUCAAAUGAGAAGUAUGGUGUGAAUUUUAUGUGCUAAAAA